AUGGCAAAAAAGGAAACAAUUAAUCAAACAAUUGUGACAGAAUUCAUCCUCUUAGGAUUCAAGAUAGUUCCUAAACUUCAAAUUGUCCUCUUUGUUGUAUUUUUAGGAAUCUAUUUGGUGACAAUGGCUGGAAAUAUCCUCAUAGCAACAGUAGUUUUCACUAAUCAUAAUCUGCAUAAGCCCAUGUACCUAUUUUUGGGGAAUUUGUCUAUUCUGGAGUCCUGCUACACGUCUACUAUCCUUCCUAGGCUUUUGACUAGUUUUAUAACUAACUACAAAGGUAUUUCAUUUACUGGAUGCUUCCUCCAGUUCUAUUUCUUCGCUUUUUUAGCUGGAGCAGAAAGUUACCUCUUAUCAGCAAUGUCUUACGACAGGUAUUUAGCCAUAUGUAAGCCACUACAUUACACAACCCUCAUGAACAGCAUGUUAUGUGUUCAAUUGUCCUUUACUUCUUGGAUAAUUGGUGUUGUUGCGAGUGCAUUUACAACAGGCUUUACUUUGCAGUUGACAUUUUGUGGCCCCAAUGAAAUUGAUCACUUCUUUUGUGAUUACACACCAUUGUUAAGACUUUCCUGUAGUGAAAUUCAACAGGCGGAAAUAGUAAUGAUGGUCCUAGGUUCUGCUUGCACAAUGCCUCCAUUGUUGCUGACACUGACCUCCUACAUUUGCAUCAUCAUGACUAUUUUAAAAAUCCCAUCAACUACUGGCAGGAGUAAAGCAUUUGCUACUUGUUCUUCUCAUCUUACCGUGGUCUCGAUUUUCUAUGGAACCCUAAUAAUUGUAUACAUCAUCCCAAAAAGCAGCACUCUGAAGGAUCUGAACAAAGUUUUUUCACUGUUCUACACAAUCCUGACUCCGAUGAUCAAUCCUUUCAUUUAUAGUCUGAGAAACAGAGAAUUUAAGGAAGCUUGUGGAAAACAAUUGAGAAAAUUGUAUAAACCGAGGACAACACAGGAAAUACAGUCUUAGUAAAAUAUAAUACUCAAGUAAUAGUCCAGACUCAGAUCACAAUCCCCAGGGCAAAAGUCUAUUUGAUAAAGCAGAGCUGUCACAACAUUUCUGCUAUUACUGCUUGAUAAACAACAACAUAGACAAUGAAUACA